GUAUUGCGGUGGGAGGAGUGGCCCGGUGUCCGUCAUGUCUUAUAAACAUCAACUUCAUUACAGUCCAUGCACCGCGUCGCGUAUGGACAUGUUAGGUAUUUGUUUUGACGUAUUCGACGAGUUAACAGUUAUAUAACAGGUUUGAAAUGGUUUCUGUAAAUAUAAUAUAGGUUGCAUAUGGAAAACAACAUGGCUUAAUGCGUCGAAAUAAACGUCAAGAUUAGAGCAAAAAAUGGCCCUAAAGUUUUCCUAAUUCGAAUUUUACCUGAGUCAGAAUUUACCGCAACGCUCUCUGAACUACCACCAACAGCGGUCUUUAUUUAGACACAACAGUAGUCCUACUGUACACAUUUGCUUUGGAGUACUUUUAUAUCUAGAUAGCUGUUCCAAGAGUGGAGAAUGGAGCCAGGUAAUUGUAGUAUGAAUGGCGGUGGUGGACUCGACGGUAUCGGUGGAGGCGGCGACGAUUCCUCAAAUGGUAUGAUCACGCUAGAGGACCUGGAAUCUUUUUCGGAAGACCAGCUGUCAGAUUCGGGCAAUGGGAGUCUGGAAGAGGCGGGUGAGAUGAUCGAGGACGAAGAGCAACAAGACAGAUUGCUGCGCUACUGGCAGGACGCCGCACGGGGACACCAAGUGGAAGUGCCUCGAGACAUGGCUGAGCCCAUCCAGCAGAUUACCAGCAACAACAACGGCCAACACGACCGGGAGCACGUGCCCUUCACCCUCAUCACGCGUAAGGAGAAGUGUGGAGACGUGCUCUAUGAGAAGAGACACUAUGAGAAGGCCCACUGGGCGUGUAUCACGGUUCAUGAGGACACCUACGAGCAGAGCAUCUGUUACGGCUUCAUGAAGCUCAUGAGAUACAUCUGCCAGCAGAACUCCUCAGGUAGCUAUCUGGGUAUGACCAUCCCUAUCCUGACUGUGAUCCGUACGGACGAGAACCACUCUGUCUUGUCCAGGGACGUCACUGUGGCCUACUACCUGCCCACAGAAUACCAAGCCCAGCCACCCCUUCCUUCUGACAUUGAAAUAAGCAUUGAGGAAUGGCCUGCCACCAUUGUAUACACAAGGUCCUUCACUGGCGCCACAAACGAGGUGACCAUCAUUAAUGAGAUCAGCACCAUGGCGGAAAUGCUCGACUCCCCCGCCACGCAUGUGAAUGACUCGUUCAUCGUGGCCGGCUACACCAACCCUGCGGUGGCGAACCGACAGAACGAGAUUUGGUUCCUGGAGCGGCCUUGAGGGUCAGCCUAACCUUGGCCCAUCCUCCUAAACUUGACCCACCCAACACCCCCUUAUCCCAUCCUACUGAUUCACCCCUUCCUGUUCUAGUGUGAAGAGACUUAGGGACUUUGCUGCAAGGGCCCUUAUUAGGACUAGUCCUGUGCGAGGCUGCAUCCUUUGGGUCCAUGAACACCUUUACGAUAGGGCAUCUAGUCUAGAUAUUUUACUCUGCUGUUUUCCUCACAUAGUCAGGGCUUGACAUUCACUUUUUUAGUCACUUGUCAUUCGGACAAGUAAGACAGAUUUUUUUUUUUUACUUGUUGAAAAAAAAAAAAAUGGCCUGCAACACCAUUUUUUACAUCAAGGUAUGAUGCAAGGAACCACUUUACAAAAUAAAAUAGAGAAUCAGACAAAUGUAGAAUACCAUCUGCCUAUUGGCUUCUUUGCCUGUCUCAAAAUACAACAUUGCCCCUUUAAGGCUCUCCUGGAAGAUGGUUGGCCACCCUUAGCCUAUAAAAUAUUUCAACGUUACAACUACAACCAAAUACUGUCUUAAUUUAAAAUAAUUUCCUUAUUCAAUUAAAUCAGGGAACAAAUGGCUAAGGUAGACUACUUCAAAGCAAGGUAACUAACAAAUACACGUUUAUCUAAUAUAUUCCGAUUUCAUGGGAUAUCUUUUGACCGCGUGUGAGUUAUUUGUCAAUGAGGCUAUUCUAAUAAUAUUUUGAACGUUGUCAGAAUGACAUGGCCAAUGUUUAAUAGAGGGGAAUCCCAGCUCACCAACUGUCAGAUGUAUUUCUCAACUCCCAAUGUUGAGCGCUUGAUAGGAGGUUUUACAACAGGGCUACGUAGCAUUGCUUUAAUAAUGCACCCGUUCAUCAAUGUCGUACUAGAGUGCCGGUGACAAGACAAUGACAUUAAUGCAUGCUAAAAGCUGAAUAGUUAGCUACAGAGAACUAGCCAGGCUAAACAAGAUGUUUUGAAUUGGCUAUGUAGUUAGUCUGUCAAUAUUACAGGUUACCUCACUGCUACAAUGUCUGUCCAUGGGCCUGCUCACCCAUGCAGGUGAUUCAAACACCAUGACUUUUCCAGGAUUUGAAUGACCGUACCCUGUUUGCUGACCAAAAAUGAGCUAUAACUGGGUAAAAAAAAUUAAAAUAGAAAGGAAUAUCAACAAAUGUGCACACGCUCGUGCCUGUCAAUGCAAUACAAUUCUACUCCGAUGCGAACAGUGUGCAAAACAUCGCAUACGGAAGACACUUGUGAUUAUUUUUUUACUUGUCCAUUUGGACAACUUAAAUCUAUAUUCUGCUUGCCCAACUUUUGUUUUUUUACUUGUCCCGAACAAGCGUUAAUGUUGAGCCCUGAUGGCUUGACGACCUCCGAAGGGUGAGGAGUCGUGACGUUUACUUGAUGUUUUGUGAAAAGUGGAUGGAUAUCAGAGCCAUGCCUUUAGAGAGUUGGGACAAAUUUAGGUUGUAAAAUAUCAUUCUAAUUCUAGACAUUCAGUGACAUGGCGUUGUUUAAAUAUUCCCCAUGUCAUGUUAAUGGACAGCUAACAUGGCUGCCAUAGAAUGUUAGUGUCAUGUAAAUGCAUCAUAACGCAGAAACCUCAAUGUCCCAUCUCUCUAAAUACAUGGUUCUGGUGGAUCCUAAUUAUUGCGCCAGUCACACUGUAAACCUUGAAGAACUGGAAUCCUUACCAGGUAAUUAACAAUCCUGAACGAUGACUGCUAUUCCAGUCUGCUUUAGGGGGGAUAAGUGCAGUCUUCCCCAUGGUAACAACCUUUUAGACAAUUUAAUGCUAUAGGAGGGUGGAUUUAUUAGUUGUGAAAUGUAAGUAAAUCGUGUCAUUCUCUUUCUGUCAAUGAAACACUGAGCAUGACACAGACAAACACCGGAUACAUUUUACAGCCAACAGUCUGAAUGUAUAAGCACGGCGAGGCAGAGAAAAUACGUAUUACUACAAACCAAAAUCACUGACCUUUGUUGUAUGACAAUCGAGCAUGCUGUCUGCUGCGUACUACACUUUCCUAUGCUCUUUGAGAGCCAAUGCAUUCCUCAUUCUUAAAGCCAUGAUGUUCACAAACGACCUAUUUCUGUCUCGCUCUCUCUAUUUAACUAAUGUUCCAAUCCAGACAUUGCUUUGUGUGUGUGUGUGCACUAUUUGCAAGUUACUUGACACUGCUGACGAAAAAGGAGUAACAUUGAAAACAGAGUAAAUGCAUGGAGUAGUUAAAUGGAGCUGCCUAUCAUAUACAGUUAUAUUUGUUUAUCUGAGUAAGAAAAGUUUUGUUUUUAGUCCACAGCAUUAGAGUUCUAUACCCCAUUAACGAAAAUCCAUUAAAGCUCAAAAUAACAAUUCAAAAGGUAUUUUCUAUCUUCCAAAUAUUUUGUAAUGAAACCAAUUACUAAGAGGAUGAAUUUAACAUAAAGUGAUGUGUAUCAUAAUAUCUAUUUUGUUGACUCAACAAUACAUAGGAAAGUUCUAGAUCUAUCAGUUGUUUUAAAGGAGAAUAGGCCAUUAUUGCUCAACACUGGGCUGUAUAUUGAAGUAGCUGUGACAACACUAGUCACAGUAUGUCAGGUAACUGUACUUUGCCAAAUCAUCACUGUGUAAAGUCUUGUUCAGGAGAUCAUCUUUCUCACUGCGGGUUAAUGACCAGUCAUAACCAUUAUUUUACCAUGUACCGCAUUCAGCAGCAUGUAUACAAACUGCAUCUCAAUCACUUCAAUCGCCAAGUCCAGUCUGAAAGUAGUUCAAAGAAACUGUCGUCCCCAUGACUUCAUGAUCAGUGUAGUGAUAUUAUAACGCGCGCCUUUAACCAAGUUGUUUCAGUGGUGGUUAGUCUUAACUGUUUGGCCUCUGCAGCUUUUUACACUUUAGGUUAGUUGUUUUCCUGCCCGUAAUCAGAGCUAAUGUAGGAUGUAGCGUUAAAGUUCUAAAUGUGAUGUAGACACCACGUAGGAUGUAACGUUAAAGUUCUAAAUGUGAUGUAGACACCACGUAGGAUGUAACGUUAAAGUUCUAAAUGUGAUGUAGACACCACGUAGGAUGUAACGUUAAAGUUCUAAAUGUGAUGUAGACACCACGUAGGAUGUAACGUUAAAGUUCUAAAUGUGAUGUAGACACCACGUAGGAUGUAACGUUAAAGUUCUAAAUGUGAUGUAGACACCACGUAGGAUGUAACGUUAAAGUUCUAAAUGUGAUGUAGACACCACGUAGGAUGUAACGUUAAAGUUCUAAAUGUGAUGUAGACACCACGUAGGAUGUAGAGUUAAAGUUUGAAAUGUGUAGGAAUUGGAGCAUGCAGAAUGAUUUGAACUGGGUGUCCGCCAUGACUCCAACACGUCUAACUAACAGACUGGUCCUUCGGGAACAGUUGGAGCGAAGGCAGAUCGGUGGAUUUUUGCAAACAUUUUUCAGUGUUUUUCGUAAAAGUGUGCUGUACAGAAAAACAUUUGAAAUGCAAUGACGAAAGCUACUAUGGAUUUCUUGAUUGUUUUUGUUAAAAUGUUUUAUUUUCUUUAAGAAAUAAAAAUAUUAAAUCUG